CUCAUCUUGACUUUGCUUAGCCAUGGUUGCUCCCCCCUCAGCGCUCUUCUUGAUCUGCCAAAUUUAUUCCCUUUGCUUCCAUUUACACUCAUUCAGUAUAUGGCCAAACCUACUACAUCUCUGACACUUCGUUGGCCUCCAUUCAUAGACAAUUUGCUGGAUAAACUGACUUCCCCCCUCAUCCUCCGUAAUCACCUAUUUAGAAAAUUCUCCAUAUAGUUCCAUCUCCACAAGGACUCUAGCAUACCCAAUUUAGUCUUAUUUCUGGAACAUUGAUCUAAAAACAAAGACCUUCCUAAUACACUUCCUAUUCUGCUUAGAAUUUUGUUUGAUCAGAACUCCCAUGGUAGUCCUAGUAGCUGGACCCAAAUCGAACCAUUUUUGUAUAGUUUCAAGUUCAAUUUUCAAUUUGAAUUUCCAUGGAAUCAAAACCAUUGGCCUCCUAUCGAAAGUAUAUGGUCCUCCUUCUAAUACCCUAUAUUUGCCCGCCUCUGAUUCAAAAUUGAAAAGAAAGAUAUUGCUCUUAAUGAAAUGGACAGGAAUUAAGCCAUACCUCCGCCAUCUUACCCUGGCAAAGCUCUCCAUCCCUUUGAACCGAGGGUUCCCUCCAUACACACUGCCUAUAGAGCGCUCUUCCAUUUCUCAGAUUGAGUAUCAACCUCUUCUGUUUGGAACUUAACAAUUCGCUGACCAUUUGUCACGGCUGGCGGCAAUAAAUUCACAGUUUGAGUCCCUGGUCCUAUUCUUUCCCAACAAGUCCACCCCUACUUUCUUUCCUUCCCCGCUUUUGUCGUUCUCAUCCUUUUUUCCGUAAAUCCCCUGCUCUCUGCUACCCGACUGCUCACCACUCUUCACCAAAUCAGAUCCUUCACCCUUUAUUUCUUAUUAAUUUGAUCUCUAUAAGAUUGUAAUUUAUGAGAUCAAUUUAAAGUUUCGAACUUUCCCAUGAAAGAAAGUAAUUUUACUAUGUAAGCUGUUGUUCAAUUGUUAGCGGUACUAGAGUUCUGGACUGUCCUGUAAGAAGGUCCCUGAAUAACUAAAAUGACAAGCAAUGAGAUGCCACUUUAGUCCAAAAAUGCCGAGCUGCUGUCAUGUAUUCCAGUAAACUCAUUUCUCGCGAAAUUUCUUAUCUAGCGAAUUACCAUGUGUCCCCAUUCUUGUUCAAUGCCGAAAUCAAAGCCUUGGUUCUGCAAGGACAAUGCUUUGAAGCCUUGCAAUUGUACUCUAGAAAUCCUCUUAACACAACCAGAUUCAUCUACCCUUCUCUCCUCAAGGCCUGUGCUUCUCUUUCAAAUCUUCAGUAUGGGAAAAUUAUACACUCCACAAUUAUCACGACAGGCGUAUUCUUUGAUCAAUUUAUCGCUACUUCACUUAUUGACAUGUACGUUAAAUGUGGGUCUCUCUCAGAUGCAGUUCAUGUGUUUGAUAAAUUGCCUGGCAGCGGAGUUGUAGUUCAGGAUGUUGCAAUAUGGAACUCUAUAAUUGAUGGGUAUUUUCGUUUUGGUCAUCUUAAAGAAGGUGUAGGGCAAUUUCAUCGGAUGCAGUUAGUAGGUGUUAGGCCUGAUCCCUAUUCAUUGUGUAUUCUACUUGGUGAUCAUGGAUAUGUAGGAUAUAAGGAAGUGAAGCAAAUUCAUGGUUAUAGUGUUAGAAACGUCUCGACUAGCGACCUUUUCUUGGAGACUGCACUUAUGGAUGCAUACUUUAGUUGUGGUAGACCGGAAGAUGCGUGGUGUUUGUUCAAAGAGUUGGAAGAUCAGAGCAAUAUUGUAGCAUGGAAUGUGAUGAUUGGAGGCUUAGGACAAAAUCGUUUGCGGGAAAGGAGCUUGGAGUUAUAUUUAUUAAUGAAGAAUAAGAAUGUUAAACCUGUGUCAUCAUCAUUUACUAGAAUUAUACAUGUUUGUAGUGAAGGUGAAUUUGUGACUUUCGGCAACCAGGUUCAUUGUGAUGCAAUCAAGUUGGGUUUUGAGAAUGAUCCUUACGUUUGUACUUCUCUUCUGAUCAUGCAUGCCAAGUGCCAACUGGUUGAACAAGCAGAAAAAGUCUUUAAUCAAGUGCCACAUAAAGAAGUUGAAUUAUGGAAUGCAAUGAUAUCAGCUUAUGUUGGUAAUGGACGUGCUUAUGAUGCUUUGAAAAUCUACAAACAAAUGAGGCUGAGUAAACAUCUUCCAGAUUCUUUUACUAUUUCAACUAUUUUAUCAUCUAUCAGCAUGGUUGCAUUCUAUGAUUUUGGUAGGUUGAUUCAUACAGAGCUAGUGAAAAGACCCAUAGAGAAUAAUCUUACUGUACAGAGCGCAUUGCUAACUAUGUACUCUAGAUGUGGGAAUAAUGAUGAUUCUUAUUCAGUUUUUAGUAUAAUGAAGGAAAGGGAUGUGGUUGCAUGGGGCUCUAUGAUAUCAGGUUUUUGCCAAAAUAGGCAAUACAAGGAAGCUGCGGAGAUCUUCAGAGCAAUGAAAGCAGAUGGGGUGAAAGUAGAUUCUGAUAUUAUGGCAAGCAUUAUCAGUGCUUGUACAGGAAUAGAGAAGGUAGAAUCAGGUUGCGUCGUGCAUGGAUUUGUUAUUAAAAAUGGACUGGAAAUGGACAUUUUUGUUGCGAGUUCCCUCGUAGAUAUGUAUUCCAAAUUUGGUUUUCCAGAUAGGGCUGGAAAUGUUUUUUCUGAUAUGCGCUUUAAGAACCUUGUGGCUUGGAACUCUAUAAUAUCUUGCUAUAGCCGGAAUGGCCUAUCAGAGUUGUCUAUUGGUCUUUUUCCACAAAUUUUGCAAAAUGGUUUUUAUCCAGAUUCAGUAACCUUUACAAGUGUCCUUGUUGCUAUUUCAUCAGUUGCAGCAUUGCUAAAAGGAAAGAGUGUACAUGGGUACUUGAUAAAACUCAGGAACCCAUUCACUUUUGAUAUUCAAGUAGAAAAUACAUUACUUGAUAUGUACAUCAAGUGUGGAUUCUUGAAAUAUGCAGAGCAUAUUUUUCAAAGCAUGCCUCAAAACAACUUGGUGGCAUGGAAUUCAAUGAUUUCAGGUUAUGGAUCUCAAGGGGAGUGCUUCAAAGCAUUGAGAUUAUUUGAUGAGAUGAGAAGUUCUGAAAUCACACCUGAUGAUGUUACUUUCCUUUCUCUGCUAUCAGCUUGCAACCAUUCUGGUUUAAUUGACAAAGGCCUAGAUCUGUUUGAAAUGAUGAGAAAUGAGUAUGUGAUUGAGCCCAGAAUGGAGCAUUAUGUAAAUAUAGUUGAUCUUUUUGGUCGUGCAGGACGCGUAGACGAUGCUUACUCUUUUGUGAAAAACAUGCCCAUUGAACCAGACAAGAGUAUCUGGCUGUCUCUGUUAUCUUCCUGUCGGAUCCAUCAUAAUCUAGAGCUUGGAGAAAUGGUGGCCAAUGAACUACUAAAGGUUCAGCCAAGCAGCGGCAGCAACUAUGUCCAGCUGUUGAAUAUUUAUGGAGAAGCUGAAUUGUGGGAUAGAGCAGCAAACUUAAGGGCAUCAAUGAAAGAAAAAGGAUUGAAGAAGACUCCUGGAUGCAGUUGGAUUGAAGUGAGAGAUAGGGUUGAUACUUUCUUUUCUGGGGAUUGUUCAUCUCCAAGAACAACUGAGAUAUAUGAGACAUUGAGUAGUCUUAAGAGGAACAUGGUUAAGAAACAAAGUAACUAUGAAAUUGAGAUAUUGUAAGAAAAUGGAGAAUAGAAAAGUUCAAAAAUCUGUUUUUGCA